UGGGUGUAAAUUGUUUCCAUGACCUGAAGACGUUGUCUCACUCGCUGGCAAAUAAAAUUAAACAUUAAAUUAAUAUUCUAAAUUUAAAUUCGAUAGGGAAAAGGGAUGAAGUGGUAGAGCGUGCGAUAGCUUUGCAGAUAUGGAGUGUUCAGUUUGGGAGUUUCUUAAUGAUAUUCUAAUAAAGAAUAUCAUUUUGCAUUGGGGUUUCUUCAACAUGUAAUACUACUAAAAUUGAAUGUACAUUUUUGUCGUUGUAGCUUCAUUCAAUAACUUCUGAAAUUAGUCGUAUUAUAAUGGCUGGUUGUGUGUUUGUUAUUAUUAAAAUCCGGCUUGCUAUUUGCAUGUCUGGUGAUAUUUAAGUGACCUAUCUGCUUCUUUGUGACAGGAAAAGUGUUAAUUGAACAUGGCUAAAGUCGAGCCGCCUAUGUUCAUAUUGCCGAAGAAACGUAAUGGCAAGAAACAGAAUACAAUAGCCAGCCAUGUCGACCACAUAAUUACUGUACAGGGUGCAGCUGAUGAACCGCAAACCAAAUACAAGAAUGGUUUGUCACCAGUAUCUGAGCAUGUGAAUGGGAUCAUACACUCAACCAUGGAGGGGUUGAAAUCCAACAUGAAAAUCAACCUUCCAAUCAUCAAUGAUGUUACUGAUGAAGACUUCAAUGACUGUAAUGGAGACUCUGACCCACAAAAGAUCCAGAAAAACGGAUAUCAGGCUUUGUCCACUUUAAACAACAGCCGCGAGAUAAUAGAUUUGUCUCCGAUAUAUGAAAACUCAUCUGAUGCCUGCUCUAGUCAUGGAGACUUGAGAGAUGGGAAUGACAGUGACAUACAGAAGAGUCUUAAAGUUCUGAACUCAGACCAGAAUGAAAGCUCCUCAGCCACUCCAAAUAGCUUGUCCCAAACACAAUCUGAGAACAGCUUUGAAAUGGGCAACAUGACUGAUAGCCUUAAGAACAGUGCCAAAAGGAAAAAACGAGUCAAUAUUGUCCCUGGGAUCAUGGAGUCUGAAAACACAGACACUGAAAUAACUGCUCUACGCAUGGAAUCAGAGGGUUCAAUUUCCCCUGAAUGCUCUUUGACUGAUAACUCUAGAGAUGGGUACUUGACUAUGACGGGAACAAUAAAGAGAGGAAAAAAGAAGGGGCAGAAUGUUGAUGUCAAACUCAAUAUAUCACGAGAGGAGCUGGAGAUUAUUGAGGCUGCAAUUGUAGCUGAAGAGUACAACAAGAUGGACAUCUCUAAAUGCUCACUGUACAACGGUCCACACAUAUUCCUCUUCAGUCUGAUCUGCAUACCGUUUGUUGCAUGUAUCUCAGCUUUGUACUCCUUCUAUAUGGGGACAAUGGCUUGGUACAAUGUCUUUUCUCAUGUAACUGAGAACUUCAACUGGAUUAAGAAGGCAGUGCUGGCUCCAAUCGUGAUUUUGGCCUACCCGUUUUUGAUAGUAAUUUUUACUAUGGGGUUAGGGCUGUAUGCUGGUAUAGUGCAGCUUACGUUCAGUGCUGCCAACUGGUGGAAGGAUGUGUGCGAUUUUGAGAAAGGGUUCUACGGCUGGCUCUGUAACACACUGGGUAUGUCUGAAUGCAGUCCCUAUGAGGUUGUUGUCCUGAUGGAUGUCAAGCCCUAGAUACUUGAGAAGGGAAAUUUUAUUUGUCCAUGAAUAUCAAUUUUAACUGCCAUUUUGCCAGUAUUUGUAGGAUUUUAUAUGUACUGAAUGUCACAUAGUAGGAUUUUAAGUGACAUUUAAUUUUAUUUAUAAUAAUUUAUGAUGUGAAUGUAAUUGUCUUCUAAUGUAUUUGAAGACAAGUUUGCCCCUUAAAUAAUUCUUAUUGGAUGUUGAAGUAGAGAAAUGUUUAGCAUAAGGUUUUUCAUCCAUAUUUGGAAAGGAUAUAAGUAAAAGAAUUUUUGAGAAGUGAUAUUUAUAUGCGGAGUGGGAACAAGAAAGGUAUACAUUUUAGAUCUCUUAAUGUUAUAAAUGUAAUCGAACUACAGAUAGAACUGUUUUGCUCAAUUUCUUCCAUUGUGUCAUUCCAGAAACAAUUAUUUCUAGUCAUUUUGAACCUGUUUGGUUGCUUACUUGUUAACUUUAAGGCAUAUAAUCAUAGUGGUAUUUAGAAUAAGGUUUUUACAUAUCUACUAAACUUUUUGGUGUUCAUAACGGCAUGGGCCUAAGAUGAUGUAAUACUAAACACCCAUAGUGAAAUUUCAACAUGUUUAUAUACAUUUUCCAUUUUAAAACAUAUUAUAAUAUGACUGAUAUAUUACAUGUUGCCAAGCACAAAUUCCAUGUUUAAAA